AUGAUUCCCCCGGUUGAAGAUGCCGUUCUCCAAGAGAACCCCGAAUUUGCCACUCUCUACAACACCUUGACCACAGCCAUCCUCAACCCAGACGGGUCUAGCAAAAAUGACCCCUCUAGCAAGGAGCGACAAGCGACUCAACAGAAACUGAAAACCCACCGCCUCAAGGCCGCGAAGCAACAUCUCCUCGUCCAUGCCCUUUCCACGGCCGCACCGCCGCCUCCACCGUCCGCUCCAAGCCGACGGACCACAUCCAGCUCGAGGCCCGCGGCAGCAUCUGAUCUACCCGAGCCACUGCUCGAUCUACUCUUGCUCCUCCCGCCGCUCCUCACCCCUACUCCCGAGGUAGAAGCACUCCUAGCCGACCCGACCCUCCUAACCUCACCUCCCCUCUCGGACCUCCCAUCUCUCCUCCCGCAGCUCGGCGACCUCGUCUCGGCGUCGCUCCACCAGGCAGCGUUGAGCCUGGCGCGCCACACCAACCCGACGACGAACCCAUCCUACCUCCACCGGCACCUGCCGACCCUGGGACCGGGCAUCACGGCGAGUCACGCGGCGCUGGCGACCGCCAAGGCGGAGCUCUCGAGCGAACGGCUGGCGGCCGCCGCGGCGGUGCAAAGGCUGCUCGCCCUCGAGGCGCAGGCCCUAGGCAGCCUGGCGCGCACGCUCGAGGCCAAGCACGGCGCGUCGGCCCGCAGCCUCGAGCUCCGGGCCGCCGAGGUGGCGCUCUCGGCCCGCCAGGGCGAGGCCGAGGCCAAGGCGGCGCUAUACCGUGCGCGGCGCCACGUCUACACGCCCGAGGCGGGCGAGGCACUCGAGGCGUACGCCGCGCACCUGAGGGACUCCAAGGUCAGGGUCUUUGAGGCCUGUCGGGCGCGCAGGGCCGAGCUCGCCGAGUAUGGAGUUGCCGAGGAGGACGGCGAUGAGGGCGAGGUGGAGAUGGGGAAGAAGGAGAAGACGAUGCGGGACCUGGCAAAGACGUAUCGUGACAUGGGGAGGCAGAUCAAUGAAGUAAAAAGGGAUCUCGACAGGUUAGAUGGUGCCUGA